AUGCCAUAUAAGAAAAAGAUUUUGUGUCCUCAUCCAUUACAUACUCAUUGUAGGCGAUCCGCUUUAUCAAAUGUCUUGGAUGAUUCAUUCGAUUUGGAAGCUGUGGAUAUAGCAUUUGAGAAUGAAACGGAGAAUAUUGAUUCACCAUGUUGUGAAGAAAGCAUUCUUUCAAAAAAAUCAGCAAAAGAAGAACUCAAUGCUGUUUUCUGGUUACUUAAUAUGGAAAAACGACAUGAUGAUCGUCGAUUCAAGAAGAUCCGAGAUCAAAUCAACAGUGUCUAUCGACAUCUUAAGCAUUUGUGCGACGUAUUAGAAGAUAAUGAUGGUAAUGAAGCUCAAAAUCUGAAUCAAAAUCCAAUUCGCACAGAUGAAUCAAAUGAACUUUACUUGGUAUGAAGGAGCUUUUCAAGCAGAGUACAUACGAAGAACAAGUUCGUUUAAUGACGAUCGCACCAGACAGUUGAAGAUAUACUCCCAAAGGGGAAAAGGCUGAUUGUCUGAUUGCCUAGAUUGUCAUUGAUUGUCAUUGAUUGUCAUUGAUUGUCAUUGAUUGUCAUUGAUUGUCAUUGAUUGUCAUUGAUUGUCAUUGAUUGUGGGUGAUUUUAAAUAGUUUUUAAUACUUAGAAAUAGGGAAAACAUCUUUUUUCUGACUCACUUCAAACAUUGAACUCUCAAUAUAACGAAAAUGAUUCAUUUUAACGAUAAAAUUCGUAAUUAGUCUAGUGAAAUUAGUAAUGGAGAGAGUAUGUAAACAACGACAAAUUCUUCAGAGAAAAGUAUCAAAAGCGGCUAAAAUCUGCUUUAGUCUCUUGAAAUAAUUUUUUAGUAAUUUAUUUUAUAUAUUAGUUCACCAAGACAAAGCUUGAAUUGAGCAAACAAACAGCAAUUAACUCUGCUUAUUAUUUAAAACACCUUUGAAACAAUCAUAUGGCUAAGUCAUUCGGCUUGUUAUUUGAAAGCAGCCGUACGUUGUUUGUUUGAGCAAAAUUUUUCAUUCGAGUCUGAACAACUUUAAGUUUAUGCCAGUUGAAUUUAACCAAACACUUAAAUACAGCUAUGUAUCGAAUUCAUUGGGAGCAGAAAUUGUUAAGUGAAAUCCGAACUGAGCUCAAUAAAAAUGAUUAGAAAUUAGUUUAAUUUAAAAGAAAACUAUUUAUAUGUAGCUUUUUCAGUUAAAACAGUCACUUCUUCAAAAGCUAACUGUGAUACUCAAUACACUGUAAAAAAAAAGGUAGAAUAAUAAACCCUUAGAAGGGUAUUUGAUUUUUAUAUACGCUUUCAUAAACCCUUCCAAAGGGUUUAUUACUUAUAUCUACCAGAUUAAAAUUAAGGUUUUGGAACUUACUGCGUUGUCCUAGGU